AAAUAACAGAUAAACAACUGAUAAAUGGCAAAUUCAGCUCCUAAAGCAAUUGUAACUCGUUAAAAUAUAGAUUUCAAGCUAUAAUAUUGAAUAUACAUAACCCGCUAACAUUAUAAUAAACGGAAAAAAUGUUAGUACUAAUAUCGAUUUUCCACAAGAUUUUCUCUGCGUGGGUGUAAAACUGUCAUCAGAUCUGCAAACGAGAUGAAUUAAGAUAUAAAGUUAAAAAAUCAAAUCGUGUCCAUUUGGCCUGCAGAAGAGAACGAUCAUAAGCAAAAUAUUACAUUAGAAAAGAAUUUUAUCUUGUAAUUUGACAACAUCUAUAUAUGUGCAUGUUAAAAAUGGCCUGGUUACGAAGCAUAUUCCAUAUUGAAGUUGUCAUACUUCUUUGUCUUCUUUCUGUUGUGAUUCGUUCUUCUGCUACAGUACCUUCAGGAAUAGGGAUCUCGAAUGAAAAUGAAGACGAGUAUCUCACACAGCGAGAAUAUAUAUUGGAGAAGUCAUAUCACGGUCUGAUAAGAGAAAAUGAGACUCUGGUGGAAAUCACGCCAUUGAUUAAAGUUGACGAGGAGAAAAUCUGCAACUUUCGAAUUUUACAAAAGCCAUAUCACGAGAUACCAUUUCAGAUUGAGCUAGUAAAUAAUUUAGGCAUUUUGAAAGCUCGUCGCACAUUAAAUUGUGAGAAACGCAAGAGUUAUCAUUUUGAAAUCGUUGCCAUAUAUUGCGAUGGAACUCCAUCAAAUUCUGCAAAUGUUCAUAUUACCGUCAUCGAUAUAAAUGAAUAUGCGCCAACUUUUUUGCAACCUUCGUAUGUAACUGAGGUUGAUGAAGGCAGACUCUACAAUGAAAUAACGCGCGUAGAGGCAGCUGACAAGGAUUGCACUCCACUUUUUGGAGAUGUAUGCAAAUACGAAAUAUUGAACAGCGACGAGCCUUUCACCAUUGACAAUGAAGGCUCUAUUAAAAACACUGAGCCACUCUCCCAUAAAGUCUCACACAACCAUAUUCUUUCUGUUGUGGCCUACGAUUGUGCAAUGAUGGAGUCCGCUCCUAUUAUGGUCACUAUUAAAGUGCGACGUGUUUGCGAAGCAAAGUUCCUGGGCAUUCCCGAGCGUAUUGACUAUAUGUCUGAAAACACAGAGAGCCUGCAAUUAUUCCCUAACGCUCGACUUGAUCUCUGCAAUAUAUUGUGCAGUGCAGAUGACUUAAAUAUACACGCAUCUAUUACACUCAAGACAAAGCACAUAUCAUUUGGAUGCGAUCGGGAUAUAUCUAACUGCUCUGCAAGCUCUACUUUGAUCAACAUUUUACCUCGAGCAGCGGAUUGGACAAAGGAGUUAAGCUAUGAUGAAGGUGCUGAACCCAUAUUUCAUUUUGACGGCUCGACUGGAGUAGUAGUGCCAAGCAGUGUGAUAGGACGGCACGAUUUCGCAGCCCGCCCAUUUAGUGUUGUGACCAUAUUCCGACAUGGAGGUCAGAGUGCCACUAAUAAGCAUGUGAAGGAGCAUAUUGUGUGCAGUGCAGAUGAUCAUAAGAUGAAUCGUCAUCACAUGGCAUUGUUUGUACGCAACUGUCGCCUUAUCUUAUUACUACGCAAAAACUUUAAUGAAGGAGACUUAAACAUAUUCAGUCCUGCAGAAUGGCGGUGGAAAAUACCGCAGGUUUGCGACAAUGAAUGGCAUCAUUAUGUUCUGAACUUCGAAGAGUCAUCAAAAGUUGAACUAUUUAUUGAUGGCAUACGCUUUGAAAGCUCAGGUGAGGAUCGCCACACCAACCCAGAAGUCAUUGACGACUGGCCGUUGCACGCUGCCCACGGUGUCAAUACCACACUAACUGUUGGCGCCUGUUACCAAAGCUCCGAGAAUCGCCUGAAGCAUGGAUUUGUAGGGGAUAUUUCAGAAGUAAAGGUCUCCCUUAAUAGCAUACUCUCUGUUGAUGACAUUAAGUGCGGAACAAGUUGUGCAGAGCAUUUAAUAGCUUCAACUACAUCUACAGAUAUGUCAGUCGAUCAGUUGGACCCUGACUUGGUAGAUUUGUCAGACUUCCAGGUUCAGAUCAAUGUGCAGAUGAAUGAGAUAUUUGUGGAAGCUCAGAGCAAACAUAAAAUUGAACAGAUUUUGCGAAAGAUCCAAUAUAUUAAUAUUAAGCGGAGGCCAACAAUCGGCCGUCGAAAUAUCGAAGUACGCACCACCAUGAUGUGCAGCAAUAAUAGUGCCAUACGGUUACCCACCAUAGAGACCUAUAUUAUGGUUAAUGAACCCAUCGCUACGGUUGAUUUGACCGACUCGACAAUGCCAAUAGCGAUGCCGAUACCAAUACACAUUGAUCAAUUGACUUCUUUAACUGCAUCAUCGUCUUCACCCUCAACCGCAUCCUUAACCUCAGGCUCUUUCUCAAAUUCUGUGCAUAAAUUUGGUAAGCUUCAACCGAAAGACCACCAUGAUCAGCUGGUUUCCAUGUUAACAAAUAACCAACAAACGGAGGCUGCCGAAAUAACUAUUAUUGGCACACAAAACAAAUUGGUAACUUAUCAAGAAAUCAAGGCAGGUGUACAUAUAUUAGAUAAAAUUCACAUUGGGAUUAAAAGCGAUAAUAACCGGAAGCAACAAAAGUUUCAACAACAUUUACAAAAGGCAAUAUUGAACUCUUGCACUGUAAUUGUAUUUCCAUCAUUGAAUCCGGAUCAUGAAGAUAUUCAAAUAGAUGGUGAUGAGUCCUUGUCGUCGACAAUGGAUAUACGAACUAAUAUUAAUAAGGAUGGGGUUGAAAUGAUCGGCACAGAUACGAUUGGCAAUUAUUUGAGUGUGUUGCGCGCUUUAGUUUAUAGCAACAAGAAGCCGGCAUAUUACUUAAACCGUGUUUUUAAGCUCACUUGCUCUCAGCUAGGGUAUCAAUUUAAGAGUGUUGAGUAUACGCUCACUUUAACCGUAUUACAUCCCAAACAAUCAACAAAAACAACAAGUGCGCCACUAUUAAUGGUUACAUACAAUGCUGAGGAAAAUGAAAAUCCAUUAAUUCCAUUUCACAAUGAUCAUGGACCUAGUGACAAUGUGGAGCAAGGUUCAGAUGCAAAACUAUUCUCAUAUUCGCUUCUACACACAAAUGAAGUCCAGGAGCCAAAGUCACACAUACAUUCUAUUAUCCAUAAAGCAGAAUCAGCACAUCCCACCAUUUUGAUCAUUCUGAUAUGUGUAUUUCUUGUUGUUCUUCUCUGUGGCGUAUCGAUUGCAAGACUUAAAAAUAAUCAAAAAUAUUCUGAUAGACACCAGCCUUGCCCUAAGAUUUCCGAAGAUGGUUUAAUCUGGGAUGAUUCGGCAUUGACUAUAACUAUAAAUCCAAUGCAAACAGAUGUUCCAACUGAGGAUAGCUCUGAUUCUGAUAAUUCUGAUACGGAUGAUGAAGAAAUUAUAAAGGAUGGCUUCGCUCACAUCAGCCAGCUCGAAUGGGACAACACCAACAUGUUCUCAUCGGCGAACUAAAUUUGAAUUACAUAUUCAUGUGCGCGUGUGUGUGAGUUGAUUAAUAAAGAGUAAAGUUGCAAAACAAAUACAUGUAAAUCUCCUUUUAAAAUUAAAAAUUAUGAAUCCACAAUUUUAUAACGUAGAAAAUCAACAAAUAACCCGAAAGCAGCCGCUAAGAAUUCAGUAUUUUGCGCACAUACGUACAUAUUUACUUCACACAGUGUUUAUGAAUGUAUAAGCAUAACUUUUCCGUUUCACAAUGUAUGUAUAAUAUUUAAGAAAAAAGGAUAGUACAUGGAUCACCACUAUAUCAUGAGUGUCAGAUAAUAAUCUGGGCCCUUCCACUGUCCGAGAGAAGUCUGGUAGCGCUCAUGCCCAUACUUUAAUAAAUGAUUAUAUCAACGACAAAACUUACAUAAAGUACAAUUAUACUCUGAAUUUAUCGAGCCAGAGUAAACGCGUAAACUUAAAUGCAAACUGCUUAAGAAAAAUGUCGCAUAUAGUAAAUAUGCAUUUCCUUGCAAAUUUAUAUGUAAAAGGUACUCCCUUGCAAAUUCGCAUGCAUAAAUAUUAUUUUGAUGAAGAGAUUAUACAGUUAUCAAAAAUGAUCGGAAAUUUCAAUAAAAAUAAACCUAAUAAAACCAAAGGCUUACUCAGUUAUCAAUUUGAUUCAUAGCCCUUUUCAUGAUUAUAAACUGCAGUAUAAGACCUUUUUUGGAAAAUGUGCGUAAGAUACAUACAUAUGUAUAUUAAAUACAAGAAUGGAAAUAUUAUAAGCAAAUUUGUCCAAUAUAAAAUCUGAAUACAUAUAUAACAUAAUACAUAAUAUUAAUGAAUGCCGCUUUUGUCUGAAUGAGACUCGAAAUAUAUAGAAGGAGGCAUCUCCGUCCCCAUAAUAUAAGUCUACGCUUCUACUCUUAUUUACGAUUAUAAACUUAAAUAAAAUUAUCAUUAAUAUUCGUAUGUAUGUAUUAUCGUGUCCGUUUCAGAGCUAAUCAAAAUAAAACUACUUGCUUCCUACGAAAAAUAUAAAAAAAAAGAUUUGUAAGGGUUCGCUGUUGCGGAUAGCCGAAAAUACAUACAUGUGAAUAUUUGCAUUUUAAAUUUGUUGAUUUAGAUUUAGCAGUUGUAUUGUUUGCGUCAAAACUGCAAGCCAUAUUCAUAUAAACAAUAGUUU